UCCUCACCUCCGUCAGCAGCAGCAGCAGCAACAGCAGCCUGUCUCUUCUCACGACCCGUCCUCUGCACCCAUAAUCCCCCGCGCCAGGACAAGAUGGAAGAAAGCAGCGGCCGCCGGAGAACAAUGUUUUGGCAAUAAAACCCCAAAAGCUGCAAGUACGGAGGCAACACGGGCACAAUCAAAGCCAUCUGCGGUCAUGUGUAGGGUGUUCUCCUGCAUUCCUGUCUAGAUUGAUUGUCCUGGCUCCCCCCGCACACCACCAUGAGUCUUAUCCAAGACAAAAUCGGCAAUGAGUUUUUGCGCAACGGCGGCAUGGACCCCAAUUUUGCACCCGGCAUGCUCAUGUUCAGCCACCUGCCGCCCGUCACCAGCUUCACACGGCUGACGUCGCAGUCGGUCAUGGGCGACCUCCCACAGGAGAUGAUCCUCAAAAAGGAGCGCGACUCGCCCCCAGACCAUCAUCAUCACCACCACCAUAACAACAACCAGGCCUCCGCCGCCGCUACCGCCGCCAACACUGGGGGCUUCCUCCACAACAUGGGCAUCAAGCAGGAGCGGCUAAGCGAGCUGGAUUAUCGCAUGCCUCUGUAUGCUGCGGGAGGAGCGGGAAGCGUCGGGAUGAAUUGCGGCGGAGCGGGCGUCGGGAAAAGCGGGAGCGACAUGCCGGACAUGUCUUACGGCAACCACCACCAAAAUCACCACAACAUGCUGCUGCAUGAUCUCAGCCACAGCAACGUGCGCUCCCUCGGAGAACCGAUGUCGGGAAGAUUGUGUAAAGAGCCAAAAGAGUCCUCAGGUAAAAGGGGCAGGAGGACCAACGGGGACGGACAGGGAGGCAAAGCCCGAAGGAAACGCAACGAUGCUGCAAAGGCUAUGAUGUUGGAUGCGGAUGGAGCCUGCCUGUCCCCCAACUCCAAGCCACAUAUCUGCGAGCACUGUAACGCUGCUUUCCGCAGCUCCUAUCAUUUACGCAGACAUGUGCUCAUACACACAGAUCGCACAGGUGAGAGGCCUUUUCGGUGCAGUCAGUGUAACAUGAGCUUCAUUCAGAAGUAUCUGCUCCAACGACACGAGAAGAUCCACAGUGGGGAAAAGCCUUUUAGCUGUGACCAGUGCAACAUGCGUUUUAUCCAGAAGUACCACAUGGAGCGACACAAGCGGACGCACAGCGGCGAGAAGCCAUAUCGCUGCGAUACAUGCCAACAAUUUUUCUCAAGAACAGACCGGUUACUGAAGCACAAGCGGACAUGUGGAGAAGCCAUAAAGAAGGGCCUGGACCCGAACAUGCUGGAGCUCAGCGACGCCGAGCUCGGCCAGGGCAGCUACUCACUCACUCAGGGAAACGCCAGCACCUCCGGACGCAAGCGGGCUAAGUCCAAAAACGGCGAGGGCGGUGAGCGCAAGCGCAAGAAGAACACGGCGGCAUCGAUGGCGGCCUCGUCCUCCGCAGCAAUAGCAUGCGAUAUGGGCCUGCAGGACUUUGGCAUGGAGCAGCCCUCGGGUUCCGGCCCGGCCAUGCAGGCACGUACCCCCAAACUGGUGUUCAAAAAAGCAGGCCGCAAGGCCGUCGAGAAGAGCCUACUUUCUCUGGAAGACAGUGUUGAUGGACAAAAACUGUUAGGCCAGAAACCUGGCUCCUUAGAUCACGUGGAAGCCUCUGGACUCGACGGCAUGGGUCUACUCCAGGGCGGCGGGGGCAACAAGCAGGGACCCAGCAGCAGCGGCGGCGGCAACAGCAACUACGACGAUGCAAUGCAGUUUGUGAAAAAGCGGCGGUACCUCCACGCCGUCAACAACGACUACGCCGCAACCUCUCUUCACAUGGCACCGCAGGGGAGCAGUGUCAUCCAGGCGUCCCUGGGGCCCGAACCCACGCUCGCCAUGCUGGAUUCCUCACCUCUGGAACUCAAGCACGACAAGUCGGGCAUUCCGGACGAGGUUCUGCAAAGCCUGCUGGACCACUACAGCCAUAAACCAGAGGGAUCGCACCAUCACGACGUGGCGUUCGACUUGUCCGAUCACCCGCACCACGUCGACCUCCAGCCGGCGGCCCCCGUGACCCCCGAGCUGGAGGACGACGCGGCCAACGCCGGCGAUAAAACCGCUGUCAUGAGCGAGUAUUCAAAGUUCCUCCUGCAGGCUCUGGAGCGCACCAGCCACAGUGGACCCUUCCCCAGCCUCGGCCCCACGGGUCCCUUCCCACUCCUGUCCACCAGCUCCAGUCCCACCGGGCCCCUGUUUUCCGACAAGCACGUCUACAGCACAUCGCCGCUGGAUUGCGGUUACCCCCCCGCUGUUUCUUCGCCGCUGCCCAUCGCCGCCCCUUCGUCGACUUCCUCUUCGUCCUCAUCCAAGUCCCACUACGGCAUGCUGGUGGGCUCCCCCUCCCAAGCGGGCUUCCACCUCAGCCUGGAACCCACCAGCCACCAGCAGUUAACUCCGUCUCAGGAGCUGACCGAGCAGCUGGAGAAGCAGCACUCCCCCGGAGCCUUCAGCCUACCUCCCCAGGACCUGACCGCCCAAGCGGACGGCUCCAAGGGGCAACCACCCAAGGCUGGGGGGAGCGCCGCGCCCCCGAGCAGCUCCAGCUACUCAGAGCUGUCCCCAUUGAAUCCCCCAAAAGAAACCACGUACCAGAUUGAGAAUUUCGCCCAGGCUUUCGGCUCCCAGUUCAAGUCAGGGCGUCGCACGCCCCUGAGCUAUGGCAACGACCCCCCCGGCGCCGAGGUGGACCACAGAAUACGGACUCCAGUGUCAGAAUUCUCAGGGUAUACCAGUUUGUUAGCUGACGUUAGCGAGCCAGUGAGUACAGGAUCAAAAACCCCGACAAGCCAAAGUUUCAGAUAAGGGUCAAACGAGGUCAACCCAUUUGGGGGGACGGGGGUGCCGUUCUUGUCCAUCUGGCCCCCCCCUUUUGAUCCCAUUCAAUUUGUUCUUGUAGCAAAAUAUUUUUUAGUUAUUUUUUUUUUUUUUUUUUUAAACACUGCCAUUAAAUUUUGAUGCAAACACGACCAGGGAGGGUCUUCCAUGGCCUCAAAUGCAAUGUUUUUUUAAUCAUGUUAUUUAGUCGCUUUACAUUUUCAUGGAAAAGUAGUGAUUUUUUUUUGUUUUAUAUUACCGUAAAAGUGUAGAUUUCAACGUAAUUUAAAAAAAAAAACAUUUAGAGGUUAGAGAUGAACUUUUCUGAACAUUUCUUAAUUUCUGAACCCUUGUGUUUUACCAAUCACCAUACUAUAAAGUAAUAAUAAUAAUAAUAAUAAUAAUAA